AUGUCAGUGCCGGUAGAAGUUUUAGUGCAGAAGGAAUAUACGAAGAAUAUAAAAAUGAGGCUGGAAGAUAUACAAAGUAUUGGUGAUUGGCUCAAACAGCAGCCGCAUUUGCCGCAGGAGUAUAUUACUGACUUAGAAAUCAUAUUGGCAUAUCACAGUUGCGAAGGUUGCAUCGAACAGACUACGAAAGUAAUUGAUCUCAAUUACACCUUGCGUACAUUGUUUUCUUUUUAUCAGAACAGACGAAUAGAUAUCAGCUUAGAGACCGCUCUUCAUACGUGGCUAAUUACCUUUUUAGAUACACCAACUAAGAAAGGAUAUUCAGCGAUAUAUUGCCAAUUGUUAGACGCCGAUCCACAGAAAUUUGUCUACAAUGACGUAGUGAAGGCGUUCGUAAUGCUGAUGGAUUUGUGGCAGUGGGAAAAAGGUACUGUUCCCGGUGUAGCUGUUAUUCUAAAUAUGGACAAGGUUUCUGUCAGCCAUCUGUCACGUAUGGAUCUCAAUGUGGCUCAACAGUUUUUCUAUUUCUUGCAGGAAGCCAUGUUCGUUCGUCUCAAAGAGUUUCAUUUCAUUAAUGCAUCCAACUUCAUCGACACAUUAAUGUCUAUGGUGAAGCCUUUCAUGAAGAAAGAAAUGCUUGACAUACUCAAGAUUCAUCCAGUGGGCUCCGAUUCGUUAGAGGAAUACAUUCCUAAGGCUGCCUUGCCGAAGGAGGCGGGAGGGGAAAACAAAGAAGGAAACGUGUUACGAGAUGAAAUUUGGAAUAAAAUUAAGUCAAACGAAGAGUUUUUUGAAGCAGAAUUGAAGAAAAGAGUAGAAGAGUCAAAACGACCUGGUGGGCCGAAAACAAUGAGCACCUUUUUCAGUGGCUUCGAGGGAUCGUUCAAGAAACUGGAAAUCGAUUGA